AUUCGUGCGUUCCUCCGGCAGCGCUAAGCGAGGACUGGACCUGGGCUUGGGCCGCGGCUUCAGCGGAUCCCAGGCGGCCAAGCAUCUCAUGGGACUCGCCGCCGCUAACUUCGCUGGAGGACCUGGCAGAGAGGAGAAGCCCUGAUGACGCCCUCCCCAGUGUCCAUCGCCAAGACAAUAACGUCAUGCUGUACGACCACGAGCGCACUCCCGUCGCCGCCGAAGCUAUUGCCGAUGCCGCCCCUGCCAUGGUCGAGGCCACUGGAACACAGUCUCGAUAAAUCUGUCAAGAAUUUGACUGUCACGUGACGCCAUACAUCGCUUGUCUCGUGUCUCUACUCUUGCCGUCGUUCCAUGAUUCCUGUCCUUUUGCGCGAAAUGUAUAAUUCUCUUUCAAUAUAUAUAUAAAGCAUU